GGGAUACUCUCACUUCGAUGUUUUCUACACAAAAGCUGUCGAAAGAGAAUUGAGCAGUAGAUCGCCGACAAGCUCGGUGUUGAGCAAAUCAUGAAAGUUCAGCACGUCUCUGUGGCUGUGCUCUGGCUGGCCCAUGUUCCCAGGGGAAUAGCUGCUCUUGACCAGGUCAUCUUGAAAGACGCAUCCGUGACUCCAAGAGCUCCCAAGAAUGUUGCUAUCAUAGGCGCUGGAAGUGCUGGAUCUUCCACAGCAUAUUUCUUACGGAAAUACAGUAAACAGCGAGACAUUCCCCUCAACAUCACAGUUUACGAACGUGAUGGUCAUAUUGGCGGACGGUCAACUACAGUCGGCGUAUAUGGGGACGAUCAGAACCCCGUCGAGCUUGGGGCGUCCAUCUUUGUUGAGGUGAACCAAAACCUCGUCAAUGCUGCCAGGGAAUUCAACUUGUCCACAUCCGGCAUCCGUGAGCUUCAUAGCGAAGGUCCAGCGCUUGGUAUAUGGAAUGGCCGAGAGUUUGUUUAUACACAAGCCUCUGGUGGAAGCUGGCGAGAUACUGCAAAACUCUUUUGGAAGUAUGGUCUUGCUCCGCUCAAAACUGUGAAUUUGAUGAAGGCUACAGUUGGGAAGUUCCUCAAGAUGUACGAGGAGCCAUAUUUCCCCUGGAAGUCACUAUCGCAAGUUGCAUAUGAUCUCGGCUUGACAGACGCUACCGCCUUUACCGGAGAACAGUUUCUUGAGAAGAAUGGUAUCGGAAAGCUUUUCGCACAAGACAUCAUCCAGGCUAGCACACGGGUCAACUACGCACAAAAUUUGCCGCUGAUCCACGGACUGGAGUCGAUGGUUUGUAUGGCUACCGAUGGAGCACAAGCAAUUGAGGGUGGCAACUGGCAGAUAUUCUCGCAUAUGCUAGCUGCUGCUGAGGCGAAUGUGUAUCUCAACAGGACGGUUGACAAAGUAUCCAAGCUCGACGAGUCGGCGUAUGUCAUAUCUUCGAAGGGAACACCAAUAGAUUCUGAACAGCAGGUCUUUGACGAAGUGGUUUUGGCUGGACCUUAUCAGUACUCCAACAUCGAUUUCGACCCCGAACCUCGUCACCUGCCGGACUCGAUUCCGUAUGUACAACUGCACGUCACACUCUUCACAUCGAAACACAAACUCUCGCCAGGAGCAUUCAAUCUGCCGUCUGAUGAGUUAGUUCCUCAGGUGGUUUUGACCACGCUCCCUCCAGGCGAGCACCACGGCAACGGUGCCGAGGGAGUAGGAUCGCCUGGCUUCUUCAGUAUCUCCCUUCUGCGCCCCAGUAUGGAUACACGUGGAAACAGGGACAAGCUCGAAUACGUGUACAAGGUGUUUUCGCCUAUGCCUCUGAACGAAACCUUCAUAGCCAACAUACUGGGAUUGGCCAAGGACGAGUCGGUCAGUGAAGAGGAUGUUAGCUGGAUGUAUCGGAAAGUUUGGCACAGCUAUCCCUACGAGUAUCCACGAGUUACAUUCGAAGAAUUGCAGCUAGACGACGGCCUCUGGUACACAGCAGGCAUCGAAAGUUUCAUCAGCACAAUGGAAACGAGCAGUCUGAUGGGCAAGAAUAUCGCCAGACUGAUGGUCGAUGGUUGGAAAGAGUGAGAAGAUGGACAGAUGUGUAGUCUGUCUCGCAAAGUAUCCAAGACCAUUCCCUCACUCACAUGAAUGAAAUGACAAGAUUGCAGCACGCAUUCAGUAGAGUGAGAAGAAUACAAAGUACCUAGGAUGUUACGCCAAGAAGUAGUAUAGUCGGACCGAGUGCACGGUGGGGUGGGGUGCACAAGCCCAAUGUUUGUUUGCUCUGUUUGGCAAGCAGCAGCAUUGACGAGAAACAAUAAUGAUCAAGGGC